AUGGAGACGGGGAGCGUGGUGCGCGGCGAGAGCGGCCCAGUUUGGCCCUUUACAGCCGCCGUCCUCCUCUACUUGCUUUACUUUAAGGAACAUCCACAAUGAGUGACAAGAAAGACAUUAGUGAAUCUACAGACAGCGGAGGUCUCACAGAAGGUGGGGACUAUGAUGAUGAUUUUGAAAAAGACCUUGAAUGGCUAAUUAAUGAAGAAGAAAAGGGAAUCCCUGAUGAUAUACAGAAUCAUGAUGAAAAUGAAGAGGAUGUUGAAGCUAGUGUGGAUAAUGACUUAGAAGAUAAAGAAGACAGAAUAAAUUCAUCACAAGAGUCACCUGAACCUGGGAAAGUUCUGAAGGAUGAAGGAAAUUCUUCACAAGAACCUCCUGAGCCUGAGGAAGCACUGAAGGAUGAAAAGCCACAAAGUAAAAGACGUUCUAUACUUGAACUUGAUACCAAGCUGUUGGAUCAGGUAUCUGAUACUGAUAGUGAAAGCUCUUGUCAGGAAUCAAAGCUAGAAGAACAAGAAGAUUUGGAGGAUGAUGAAGAUAUAAAGCGUUACAUCUUAGAAAAAAUUGAGGAAGCUAACAAACUUCUGUUGUCUCAGGAACCUUUGGAUGAAACAAAAGAAAGGAAACUAAAAUUCAAGGAUGAUCUUGUAGAUCUUGAAGUCCCCUCUCUAACAGCUGUAGAAGCUGAUAAAAGCGAUCCUUGCAGGGAAAGGAACAUUUCAGGUAGGCUGUCUCAGUUGCGCAUUUCUAAUGAUGCAGGGCAGGAAGACAUAUCUCUUUCUAUUAAUGGUGGUACAGAUGAUGAGCACAAGGAUGGCAAGAUCCUAGUAGAAAGAGAUGGGAAGUUUGAACUCCUGAGUAUCCGUGACAUUGAGAGCCAAGGCUUCUUUCCUCCGCUAAGUGUUUCAUUUAGUGACAUUGAAACUCAACACAUUUCUCCUAAAACUUCCUAUGCAACUGCUUUUGGCACUAUCUGUGUAACAAAAGAAGAGUCUUUAGUACAAACACCUGUGACAUCUUGUUCUCCUUCCAGAGAAGGGUUUUUUCAUGUCCCUCAACCACCACCUAUUCGACCAAGCUCAGCCAUCAAUAUUACAAGGAAUACAGAAAGGGGGAAAAGCCCACGGAGAGUGCAGUCAGCAAAUGUGAGCAUUGGUAUUAGAAGUUCUACAUACUGUUUAUCACCCAGACAAAAAGAACUGCAAAAACAAAUGGAGCAAAGACGAGAAAAAAUAAGGAAAGAGGAAGAAAUACGGAGAAGAAUACUGGAGGAGCAGAAAAGGAGAGAGAAUGAUAUGGUCUUCAAAGCUUGGUUGCAGAAGAAAAAAGGACAAAUGCAGGAAGAGAAACGAAUUCGCCAUGCAAAAGAGCUGGAAGACUUGAGCAGCAGACAGGAGAGUAGAAAUCCAGAAGAAGCCUUCAGGUCAUGGCUUAAAAGAAAGCAACAAGAACAGAUAAAAGAAAAAGAGAUACAAAACCUGAAACAGGAGGAGGAGUGCAUGUUCUUCCUUCCAAGAACAGUGGAAAAUGACAAGGCUUAUAAACAAUGGCUAAGGAGGAAGAGACGGGAGAAGCGAGAAGAGCAACUAGCUGCCAAAGAACGAUCAAGGCAGUUCCGACAGGAAGCCAGAAGAGCAAAACAAAUAGAGAACAUUCUUUGUUCAAUUUCUGAACCAAGAUCUCUUCGCUUCACAGACCAAUACAGCUGAGGUUUAGAGUCAUUAGGUGCCUAAAAAUAUGCCCUUCUCACUACCUUGUAUAGGUUGAGUGGCUGCCUCUUGGAAGCAGCUUCUCUUCUGGUAUGUUUCAUCGUCCUUCAAUAAUGGCUUAAUUUUCUCAAUCUUGCUUAUCUUUGCCCGCUCUUAAACAUGGAAUAAUUCUCUAUUUGUGAAUGGGUUGGAUGGAGUUCUUAGUUCUAUAAAGCAUAAAACAGAAUAAAUGCCCUUAUGGCAAUUGCAGUGUAAAUUAUUCCUAAAUAAUUUUAAGACCACAUUCAUCUUCGAGUUGAGCGUUUUGUAAGAAAGCUACACUUAAACCAGUGGCACAGCUGGUGCCAAGACACUUUUAGAUAGUAUGAAAGUUAGCAUCUCAUCUGGUGUUCACUUCUAGGCAUUGCUACGCAGCUUCAAAGUUCUGUUCCAGUACCCACUAUGUGUUUUCCUUGCUUUAUGAGGGGAGAAGGGGAUACAGUGAAGACUACAUCACAGACUCAGCUAUCAAUGGAGUUCAAUGUAUUCAGCAUUUUUCAAGAAGUCUUUUCUGCCCAUUUAUGGGGUAGUUAUUUUGUAUAAGAAGCCAUGACUUUUGUAUUUCAUCAUCUCAGUACAGAAUCAGUGGGCACACACACUGACAAUAAAGUCAAAGAGCUAAUGCAAUGCACUGGUGAAAGUAGGUAAGUAUUAGGAAAGAGAUGGUGACAAGUGAAGGUUGUUGCUUUCAAGCUUUCUUUGUAUUUUUGUGUACACAGUGGUGUCUCAAAGACCAGAUAGCUACUAUAUGUUUUCAACAUUUUGAGGGAACAGAAAGGAAAGGCACUUGUUCUCCUGUUCAAGUUUACUAGAACCCAAGCAGGAAAUUGAGGAACUUUGAUAUUUGUUUUUUGUAAUGUUCAUACCCAUACAUACAAUAGGUAUAUUUAAGAUGAACAUGAGUACUUCACUAUUGCAGGGUU